CCGGCUCGUCCCCGCUCGCGUCUGUGGCAGCGCGGCACCCGCGAAGCAGCCCCUCGGGUCGCAGGAGCCGAAGAUAUGGCCUCCCGCCUCAAAGCAUCGGCCAGGAAGGGCAAGGGGUCGCAGGGCGCGUUGGUGGCAUCGUUCGCCCCGCAGCCCCCGCAGACCCUGCGCGUGGCCGUGGUGUGCUCCAGCAACCAGAACCGCAGCAUGGAGGCGCACAGCAUCCUCAGCAAGCGCGGCUUCCACGUCCGCUCCUUCGGGACGGCCAGCCAAGUGAAGCUUCCCGGCCCGACACCCGACAGGCCCAACGUGUACGAUUUCCAAACCACGUACGAGCAGAUGUACAACGACCUGCUUCAGAAGGAUGGUGAGCUCUACACCCAGAACGGCAUCCUGCACAUGUUGGAACGGAACAAGAGAAUCAAGCCCCGGCCUGAGAGGUUCCAGAAUUGCAGCGACUACUUCGACCUGAUCUUCACCUGCGAUGAGCGCGUGUACGACCUGGUGCUGGAGGAUCUCAACUCGAGGGAGCAGGAGACCUACCAGCCGGUGCACGUGAUCAACGUGGACAUCCCCGACAACCUGGAGGAGGCCACGCUGGGCGCCUUCCUCAUCUGCAAGCUCUGCCAGUACAUCCAGUACAUGGAUGACAUGGAUAGCGAGCUCGAUGAACUGCUGCUGGAGUUCGAGGAGAAGAGCGGCCGCCCCUUCCUGCACACGGUCUGCUUCUACUGAGUGAGGUUCGAGCCCCGAGGUGGCUCUUUGAGCACCUCUCUCUCCGUCUCUGCCGCUGUUUUUCUUUUCCAUCUCGUUUCUUUGAUUUCUAGGGACUCUGCCUCUGGACCGUAGUAAUACCCAGCUCCAUUUGAAAUGAGAAGAGUGUACAAACGCCAGCUUUCAGAAGUAAAGGUUUUUGCUUCGGUUCACAAACUGUAAAGGGGAGACAGGAGAAAAUGGCAGACCCAAGAUGGAAGCACUUGUGCUGAGGGACUUGAUGGUGAACCUGCUUUUGCUCUCAACCUUCUCUAGGUCUUAACUGGUUGGUAGAAGUUCAUGGCGCAGUAUUAUUUUGCAUGUUAAUUAUAUCUACCUGAAUUUAGUAGAAGGGUGGGGAUGUUACCUGAAGUUGUUUCAUGAGCUAAUAGUCUUUUACCCCCCACCACCCUCUUACUGAAAAUUUUCUGUACUGUGUGGUUGUUUCUGCAGUGCCUUCCAACUUGCAAGAUGGGGGUGCUAGGACAUUCAUGAAUCAUUUAAUACAAUUUUUCCGAUUCGUAA